ACUUCCGGUGUGAAUUGAACGCACCACAAAUUUGAGAGGGUAUCGUUUCUCCUCCUCCUCCAGUCGACUCGAAGCCAUAUGAGGUGAAUGUGGCUUGCUCGUGGUCCCUGCAGACACAUUGAGAGCAGAGCUUUACAAUUGUAUCCGCUUUAUUACGGCCUACGAAGCGCAUAUCGGGGUUGGAAAGAUUUGUCGAUUCAGCUAGGCUAACUGGUUAGCUAUCUAGCUAGCUUGGCUACCUGUCUAGUCGUUAGACUGAUGUAGUUAGUGGAAGGACGUGAUGUGUUUAAUGUUUUCCAUCAUGUCAAAGUCGUCUCGCUGCUAUUUUUAGCCAGCAUCGCAGCCUCGGUCAGCUCACAAGGGCGGCUUUUAGUUGUGAAUCGUUGGGAAGCUUUCUUAGCAACACACAUGAUUGAAGAGUGGAGGGACGCGGCCUCUCAGCAGGCCGAGCAGCUUGUAGCUCGUGUGAAUGAAUUGCUGUCCAAAGGCCAAGAGUUUUUGCGAGAACAGCUCGGUGUGGAUUUGGCGAUCAAGCCCGAACUCAUUCCGCCAUGGGUGAUACUCGUUGCGGCGUGCACCGGCUUCGUGCUAGUGCUUGUAAUAUGGGCCUCGAUGUGCCAGGCUCUCUUCAAGAAACGGCCUACGAUCACCGUUGUGGAGGACAACGUCGAGGUUAAACGAAGUGCCAGUAAAUCAGUCAAAUCAGAGGAGCCGAAGAAGAAGAAGAAAAGGACGGAAAAGAAAGCUCAGCCAAACGGGAGAGCUGUCACUGAGGAGGUACAGGAAGAAGCGGCCAUAGUUGAAGAUAAAGUGCCACAUCAACAACCGCCUCCUUCUCAAACCAAGAAUGAAAAAGCUGAUGAGACAAAGAAGUCCAAAAAGAAAGCCAAACAGCCAGUGAAGGAGACGGUUACUGCCGUUGGAAAGGAACCGGAGGAAGGGACCUGGGAGACAAAAGUCAGCAACAAGGAAAAACGUGAACAACGCAAGAAGGACAAAAAUUCCAGUGAUGGCUCCGCCAGUCCUGGUGGUGGUGGUGGCAGCACCCCUGUGAGCGUUACUCCAGAACAGCGUAAGGCUCCAGCAGCCACUCCACCUGCCAACCAGAAGAAGAAAAAAGGGGAGUCAUUGAAAGUCACAGCAGAGAAGGUUAAUGCUGCCGUUUCUCAUGUUAACAAGUGUGAGGCACCAACAGUAUCAGCAGGUGUGGGUGACAGUCAAGGGGUCAAGGUUCCUCAGACUGUUGCUCCAAAGAAUCAAGGCCCUCGGACUGCCACAAAAGACCCAGCGCCACUGUGGAAGAGUGACAUUGAUGAUUCAUGGACUGUGAUUGACCGUGUUCCAGCUGAUCUAGGUUCCUUUACUAAACUGGGUGUUGGCACUGCUGAUCCGCUGCUGGGAGAUAACGCCCCAUGGCCCAGUCAGCCCAAAGCAGAUGAUGAGUGGUCCGGAUUUAAUGGUGGAUCAGCAGAUACCAGCUCCGACUGGAAUGCGCCCGCUGAAGUUUGGGGCAACUAUGAGGCGCCGACCCCUGUUCAUGAACAGCCUCCAAGUGAGCCCGCUAAAUCAAAUCUACAGAGUGGAGCUGCUGAGGAGGAGGACGAUGAAAAGGAAAAUGGAGAGGCAGCUUCUGAUGGAGCUACUAAAAAUAAAAAGAAGCGGAAGAAAAAGAAAAAGGCAGCUGAGGAGGGAGAACAAGUCCAGCAUGAAGUUCCAGAGACGAAGGUAGAAGUUACAUCCCUACUGAAAGAUGAAAAGGAAAAAGAAAAGGAGAAGAAGAAGAAGAAGAAACCGAAGCAGCAGCAGCCGUCUGCUCAGGAGCAUGCUGUUGAGGUGAAAUUGGAGAGACCAGUGAAAGACAGCACAUCUCAGAAACCUCUUGCCACACAAGUGCCGCUGAAGCAACCUGAGAGACAUACCACUGCUCACUUAAACCUUCCUGUUCCAGCACAACAGCAAAAACCAGAGGAAAGUCAGGCCGCCAAGGUGUCAAAGAAGAAGAAGGCAAGAAGGGACACAUGAGUCGACUUUGCAGUCAACCAUAUGCCAACGACUUGACAUCCUGAUUAUGCAACAACUUUUAAAGACAAGAACUCUGACCUACAGUCAACUAAAUGGACUUAUCUUAAAUCAUGACUUAAAAAACGAGAAUGUUUUACACUGUCGUUAGGUCAUGGAAAAGUGACCCUAGAAGCAGCUUAAUCUAAUGUCAUGCUUUGUGAAUUAAUUUUUAAACAUGCUUUUGAUACUGUCUUGUAAUUCUUUUGAUUGAACUAAGUGAAGGAGCUAGUCAUUAGAAAUGUAGAUGUAAAGAAAUUGUCGUGGUGACUUUUGAGGUUACUCAGCAUGACAUGCUGAACCGGCCUUUUGUUUUGUCAGCUGUACAGUGAGUGUCAUUGAGUGAAGAAGCUCAGAUGUUAAUUUGAACAGUUUGGCUCAGCGGUGCUUGAACAUGUCUAUUCUGUACUUUUCAUGGUCUGUGGGAUUCCAGCAGACUCUGUCCAUCCGAUUUAUUAAGUAACUUGUCUGUUGUGCUGAGACUUGCGAUCUUUUGCGGUUUUUACGCCAUAUGCUUUGUUGCCGCAGUCAUGUUGGACCCACUGAUUGAAGAUGCGCCAUGUCUUCAACCUGUUUCUGACUUUCCAGCUGUAGUCAAGUCUCAAGAUUCUUUUGUAAGAAAAAAAAUGUAAUAAAAGUAAAGCGGAAGCCAUAUGUUAAAAGACCAAA